CUCGGACGCUCCGGAUUAUAAGAGGGAGUCCAUUAUUAAAUCGCGCAGAAUAAAGUGCGUGCUCUCGCCUCUUCCGACACUUGAGAGGCAAUCGAUCAUCUGCCGCAGCGAAUAAAUAUAAAUCCUAAAGGCGGCCUGCAGGCGAUAUAUAUGAUGUAUACGGAGUAUAUAUCUUCGGGCCGGUCGGAAGUAGUGAAUUAAAAAAAAAAAAAAAGGUGCAGUGGACCGGCCGGCGAUCUGAGAAAUUAUUAAGUGAGGGGGCCGGGGAAUUGAAGGUCGCCGUCGCCGGAGGCAUAGAUAGGGAAAAUGGAAAGGGCGGCGGCGGGGGGCGGGAUACGGGUGGUGUUGGGGAUGCUGCUGGUUCAGGGUAUUAUGGCGGGGUUACAGAUUCUGUCAAAGGUCAUACUUGGGGAGGGAGCCUUUGUUUUCGCCCUCAUGACUUACCGUCACAUCGUCGCUACCCUCUGCGUCGCCCCUUUUGCUCUCCUAUGGGAAAGGGAGAGCAUGAAGGAAUUGAGCUUGACUGUGGUAAUGUGGAUCUUUUUGGUUGCACUCUCCGGGAUAAGUAUGGCUAUGGGCUUCUUCUAUUAUGGUCUCCAAAACACAUCAGCUACCUAUGCAACAAACACACUCAAUCUAAUUCCAAUAGUCACCUUCGUCUUCUCAAUAAUCACUCGUUUGGAGAAGCUGCGGUUGAGAAGCAAGGGAGGAAAAGCCAUUCUACUUGGAGCGAUGCUCAGCUUUGGGGGUGCAUUGACAAUCACACUAUACACCGGCAAAACCUUUCAUCUCUCCCUUAUAAGCACCAAGACUAAAGAGGUAAUCGUUCCAAAAGUGAAACCGAAUUGGGGCCGUGGGACUCUAUUUCUUGUGUGUAGCUGUCUAAGUUAUGGCUUCUGGUUCAUUGCGCAGGCCAAGUUGUACAAGAUAUUCCCAUACAUGUAUUCUGCAAACACCAUUACAUGCAUAUUUGCAACAUUCCAAAGCAUGGUAUUGGGUUUAUGCGUUGAUAGAACAAAAGCCUCGUGGAAGUUGGGAUGGAAUUUGCAACUAAUUACCAUUUUCUAUUCAGGUGCAUUGGCUACAGCAGCAACAUUUUGCUUGAUUGCUUCUACAAUAGCAAAAAGGGGACCAACUUAUCCUUCAAUGUUCAAUCCACUCUCCUUAAUACUGGUCGCCAUUGCCGAAACGCUUUUCCUCGGAUCAUCCAUUUCAGCUGGAAGCUUGAUUGGCAUGACUUUAACCAUAGUGGGAUUGUACAUGUUCCUAUGGGGGAAGAACAAGGAGAUGAGGAAAAGCAUGCCAAAAAGAAUGAAAAGUGAAGCUCAAUUAGCAUCAUCAUCGUCAGUUGAGCCUGAGCCAGUGCAAUCAACGGCUAUAGUUGUUCCAACGGAUGAGAGGCACAUUUAUAUCGGCGACUGUGCCAAUGAGGAUGUGGCAAACCCGCCUAAUUAACUCGAAAAAUGGGUAUUUUAAAUUCUACAAAUGACUAAUUGAUUUGGUGAUAUUGGCAUGUGUUAAUUAGCUAGCUAGUACAAUAUUCAAUAACUUUUGGAAUGGCACUUAAGUAAUACUCCACCCCUCCCAAAUUAAUCUUCAAGUGAUUUUUCAAAUUUCUUUUGGAUAAAAGAAAGGUGAUCGAUUGUUUUAUGUAAGUAAAUCUCAAUAUGUAAGAAUUCAGUUUUUUAAUUAUGAUGUCAAGUCAAAAUUAAAAUAUUCUAGUAAUUUGGGAGUGGAGGAGUAUUUAUUUUGUGACCUCAUUUGUUGGCAUGGUGACUUGAAACUUAAAUGUUAUUUCGUUGGGCCUUCUAAUGCCCCAAAUGUAAUCUAAUUUUGCACAUUUUAUUUAUUCUUUUAGAUGGCCGUAUGUGUUACUUUUAUGACAUUAAUACAUAUGUUUGUUACUU